CCAUCGUCACUGGUGACAUCGGGGUUUCACUUCCCUGCCCCAGGUCCCAGCUGCGCUCCAGGGUGCUGGCUCCCACCGGCCCCACGCCAUGGCCUGGGCUGCAGAAGGCACGGGGCAGCUCACAGCCAUCCUGGAGUCGGGCAGCAGCGAGGAGGAGGAGGAAGAGGAGGAGGAGGAAGAGGAAGAGGCAGCCGUGGUGCAGCAUCCCCGCCAUGGCCAGGAGCUGGGUGAAGCUGAGCAGCGCCUGGCUGAGCUGGAGCAAGCAUCCCAGGCGCUGCUGGCCGAGCUCUCGGCGCUGGAGACCGAGUUUGAGAUCGAGCGGACGUGUCGGGAGCGAGCCGAGACCUACGCGGCGCAGGUGAAGCAGGAGAACAAGCAGCUGAAGAGGCUCAGCCUGGCCCAAGCAGCCCCUGAAGUUCUGCUCGAGGAGGUGCCCCCUGAGGAGGACCCUGACCCUGCCCAUUGCUAUGAGCAGCAGCUUGAGGCCCUGCAGAACAAGGUCUCGUGGCUGCUGGAGCAGCGCAAGGACCUCAGCAGCCAGAUCCAGGAGCUGCAGCGGCAGAAGCAGGACCUGCAGGACCAGCUGGAGCUGGGGCAGGAGGAGCAGCAGCGCCUGCGGGCGGCCCUGGGCACCAGCCAGCGGGCGCUGAGGUCCUUCAAGAGAGUGUCCCACAUCAUCACCCAGGACUACUGCGAGGCCGUGCAGCAGCUCGAGCUGGAGCAGGACCUGCGCCUGCAUGCAGAAGCCUUCGCCCAUGAGAUGCUGGUGCAGAAGAAGGAGGCGAAGCGGCAGAGCUUCAUCCUGCUGCAGGGCACGGGGCCCAGCGCCCAGCUGCUGGCGGCACUGCAGGACGUGGGGAGCCUCACCCGGGAGCUGGAGGAGGCCAGGAGGGAGCAGCGCCAGAGGGUGCAGGAGCUGGAGGAGGAGCUGGGGAAGCGCCCGGGCCCGGAGGAGCUGGAUGAGGCCCGGGCAGCCCUGGCUGCGGCUGAGGAGGAGAAGCUGCAGCUGAGGAUGCGGCUGCAGGAGGCUGAGCAGCGCCUGCGGGAGCUGCAGGAGGAAGUGGGGCUGCUGCAGGAGAAGCUGGCCCAGGACCCACUGGUGCAGAGCCAGGCCCCAGCGAUGGCUGCACCACCACCACCACCACCACCACCACCGCUGCCACCACCUGCACCCACUGUGCCUGUGGACCCGCUCGUGGCCAUCAGACAGAGGAAGGGGCUGGUGAACCUGCAGCGCUGCAAGCCAGGAGCUGAGGAUGCCAAAGCUCGAGCCGUGCAGGAGAUGAUGGAGCGGAUAAAGAACGGCGUGGUCCUGAGGCCCGCAAAGGACCGGGCCCCCCUGGGACAGGGUGCAUCGGUGACGGGCAGCAAGCGGAGGAGCGCGGCGCUGGAGCUGCAGAGCAUCCUGGGUGCCAUGAGGAGGGCGAGCAGGAGGGCUGGAGCGCGGCAGAGCAGCCUCAAGGGCAGGGACCAGCAGCUCGAGGCCAUCCUGCAGCGCCGGCGCCGUGCCCUGGAUGCGGCCCCGGAGGAGCACAGCGAUGCUGAGGCUGAGGAAUGGCCGGAUCCUGGUACGGAGAAGGGCUUGGGAGGGGGAUAA